AUGUCUCAGACAAAGAGUCAUGAUGCGGUGAAUGCCGUCAUGAAUACGACCACGGGCUUGGCCCUUGAGGAGAUCAUGCAUCAUCCACCUGAUAGGAAUGACGAUGGUGCUGGAGCACCGAGGCGAGGACGAAGAGGGUAUAAGAAGGCCAUCUGUCUCCCUUUGCUUCACGACUCCUACUUUCCUGCCCUCAUCACGCUCACAUCACAACACUAUCCCAACCACAACAGCACGAAUCAAAAGCCCAAGCUCAAAAUGCACACCACCACCACCCUCCUCCCCUUCCUCGCCGUCCUGGCACCUCUCGCCACCGCCGUCGGCAACGCCGUCGUCACAAACAACUGCCCCGGCCCCGUCUACCUAUGGUCCGUCGGCGGCUCCGUCGGCCCCAAGCAGACCAUCCUGCCUGGCGCAAGCUACGCAGAGCCCCUGCACCACGACGACGCGUCCGGCGGCGUCUCGCUGAAGGUCACCCGCACAGACAACGGGUUGUACGACGGCAGCGCGCAGCUGAACUUUGCGUACACGCUCGACGGCAACACUGUCUGGUACGACCUGAGCGAUGUCUUCGGCGACCCGUUCUCCGGCAGUGUGGUCAAGGUGAAGCCCGUCGAGGGGGCGUGUUCGGCUAUCUGCUGGCCCAACGGGGUGUCGCCUGGUGGUAGCCAGGUGAAGAACUGUGGGGCAGCAAAGGAUUUGAAUUUGACGCUUUGUGCGGCGAGCUGUUAG